UUCCCAGGUGAGUUGGAGUUGGAGUUCCUCAGCAACCAAUCUUCAGCUGCUCGCGAGUGUCUUCAGUUCACCACCAGCCACCGAUGGAGUGACACCAUAUACUGUUGCGAUUCCCUCGUAGAUAUUCUCUUUUCGCGCGCAAACAAAUCGACUGCGCAACUAUUGGGGCCUGUUUCUUUUUUUUUUGCGUAAAAGAACUCCCUUGAUGGUCUCUCAGGCAUCGCGAGAUACCUGUCCAAUUGAAAGUUUCGCGUGUGCUGCAUUGUUGUUCGCGGUUGAGAAAAUUCACCGAAAAUAUUGUGAAACAACCCGAAAAAAGUGAGGCAAAGAGAGAACUACCACGAAAGAGGGCUCGAUCGCGAAAUCCAAACCAGGAGGACUGCGCCAGGUGGAACAAAAGGUGACCAAGAAAAGUCCACACGCUGCAAAUCACCCGCAUUGCGAAUAAUGUGAAUCUGAGAUUGGAAAUAAAUCUCACGUGAGACUUUUGUGAAUGCAAUUAAUAAUUGAUAUUGCCUUUUGGAGGCAUUGUUCCAACAAUCAAAGUGGAAGAAACACCUUCUUUGUGUGAUUUUAACAGUGAGAUGGAAAAACGUCUGGGAAAUUGUGUGAUUUAGUGGAAUUCUUCGUGUGGAAAAGUCACAGUGCUUUUUCGAGGACAUUCCUUAGAAGUCAUCAAUAUUCCCACAAAAGAAGGAUCUUUGUAAUUUUUAUAAUUAAUUGAAAAUAAAAUAGAAAGGUAAUCAAUGGAUUGGCCGCGAAUACUCUUCGUAAGCUUCCUCAUAGGUGCAACAGGUACUUCAGUUCGACCCCCACCAAAUCAUGUGGUUUCUAUCUGUGCCAACUGCACCAGGGACUUCAUGAAUCUCCGACUUGAUCUCGAUCGUCCCUUCAAGGGAGUCGUCUUCGCAAAGGAAUUUGCUGAGGAGUGUCACUCCAGAGGAAAUCUCACCUCUAUCAUCUCCCUCAGACUACCAACUUCGGGAUGCGGAGUUAGAUCUGAACCCCAAGAGGAUGGAUCAAUGGAACUCUCAGUGAGGAUUGUUGUACAAAUGGAUGGAAAAUUGCGCCAAAGUGCAGAUGUAGUGAAGAUCGCCAAGUGCUCUCUUCCCAGUGACAUGAUGAAUAUGAAUGUGAUUUCUUCACAUGAAAAACCCGUGAGAAACGGACGUAUGAAGACUGAUAUCGCAGGAUCGUCGAGAGUACGAGUCUGGCUGGAGCUAGGAGGAAGCGGUGGAACAGGAUCAGUUGAAGUUGGUCAAGCCACGACGCUCGGUGUCCGAGCCAUUCUUCCAGGAAGUGUAGGGGUCCGUGUGGUUGACUGCAUAGCACUCGAUGGAUUGGGUGAAGCUUCCCAGAAGCUUCUAGAUGAAAGAGGAUGCCCCAUCGAUGAACAGGUGAUGCCGGCACUUCUGGUGCGAUUCCGUCCAAUUGAGGAGGGUUGGUCCAAGCCGCACAAGGAUGAUCUUGUGGAGAAACUCUUCCAGACAACCUUUCCUGCCUUCAAAUUUCCCGAUCGGGAACAUCUUCAUGUCUCCUGUGGGGUCCAACUGUGUCGCGGAAGAUGCCCCAAAGUUGACUGUAGGCGCCGAGAUGAGAGAUUUAUCCUGCCCAGCGAGAGGCAUCUAGCCAGAAUUGAAGUGUUCAACUCUCUGGCCGUCUCAGCACCACAGAUUGAGUUAGAUUCCCGAACAAGGGGUGAUCGAAGAGGCAAUAUGACCCUGGAACAGUAUCAGAAACUCAAGAAGAUGCGCUCGGAAGGGACCCUCUGCCUCUCCCAAUCCUUCCUAGCGCUCUCUUUCUGCAUCUUGGGUGUCAUCUUUCUCGUCGCCAUUAUCGUGGCAUUGUGCUGCCUUCUCAGAUCACGAAUGCAGAACAAUCAUGGAAGUUCCUAUCGCACUUCAGGAGCCAGCAUAUUCUCAUCGAGUAGCUCCGGAUCCCAGUCACGCUUCGGCAGCAAACUCCUCAUUCCCUACUCUGGCUCUCUCCCAUACGGAAGAGUAUACUGAACGGCUUUCUUUCGCUCUUGGACAGCAUUCCCCACAAAGACUGAUCUCUUCUAGUACAUAAAAAUGCAUGCAUAUCAAUUUUUUAUGCAUAAUCUUAUAAGUAACUCUCCUUUAUAGUGCUUUUCUUUGAAUUUUUUAAUCUUCUAUCGGUGCUGGCGGGAAAUCAAACCUGUGGGUAAGAGGUGGGAGUGUGCCUUUUGGCACCUUCCAAAUUGGGGUCUAUCUUAUAGUAAACACAAUACAAAAACCAUGUAAGAUUAAUGUAAUUAGAUGAAUAAUUGUGAUAAGAAAAAUAAACAAAUAUUCCGAA